UGGAAGGUUGAGUGGCUUCAACUGAAGUAAGAUCAUUUCUUGUUCAUUACAUAGAGACUCAGUUCCUCUUGGGUACUGAGACAAGGGAAACUGGGGAUUCAAGGGACAUCCUUUCCCAGGAUUAUGUUCUUUCCUUCACUAUGAAGCGUCAACGUGAGGAGGAGUGGCCUGAUCUUGAGCCUAAUAGCCAAGGCUCACAGAAUUCAGACGGGGUCCUGAGAGCAGAAGAUCUGGUCCAGCCUGGGCCCAGCGGGGAAGGCAGGGCUGAGAGGCAAGAGGAAAGAGAAGCUUCUUCUGGAUCACUUUAUUCUCCACUUUCCUCUUCCUCCUCUUCUUACCAUUCUUGUGUCUCCUCAUUCUCUGACAGUGAAGAUUAUCCAUUCAGUUUCAGCUACUUCCAUGUAGAAACAAUCACAGCUGAGAACAUUGCAUGGGAUCCUGAUACCAAAUUGGAACCAAUUCCAAAGAGGUCUAGAAUGUACAGCAUGGAAGCAUGGCAGGAGAGUACACUAGAUUCUUCUCCACAGAAUGUAUCCUCUUUGGGCUUACUCAUUGGCAAAGAGGCAACUUUGAAAAAAAACAGCAAAGAAAUAAUGGAGGAAAAGGCAGGAACCUCAAGGGACACUGAAAAAAGACCAGAGUCUCAGUUUCCUGACUGGACUAACCCUUCAGAAGAUGCCUACUGCUGUCUGACUUGCUUCAGGAUUUUCUCUACCCAUGGAGCUCUGGAAGCACAUAGACAUGAGGUCAGAGAAGAUUUCGGCUGCAGUAUAUUUCAUCACCCAACACAAGACAGGAGAAUUACCCUGCAGAAUGGAGGCCAGAAUGACGAUCUUAAGAGACUGUACCAGGAAUUUCGACCAGAACAUCAAGAAGAUCAUGCUUAAAGUCAGACUGCAUCAUCAAAGAGAAAAAUAUGGUGAAGAAUACACCUGAUUAUCAGAACACUGGAAGUCUCCCUGUGUUCCUUCCAAAUAAAAUAAAUGAGGGCAUUUGGAGCACCCCAUUUUGUGAGGUGAUGGCUCGUCCAUCAGAGCAUUUCCUUUUAAAUUCCCUGCCAAGAACUAGAUGACACAUAACAACACCAUGACUCAAAAUCCUCCAUCUCUUAACAUCUGCUGCUCUCAAACCGAGAUGAAAAGCUCUAUAAACCAGAAGAACAGAGAAUGUCAGUCCAUGGAAAGACUAAAUGAUAGAAGAGAGAGGAAGCCUUCUUAAAAACUGAUACACUUCCAGCAUCAUGAAGAGAAUCUCC